AUGGGGCAGGCGCAGUCCCGCCACGAGCGGCCAGGUGGUUUUUGGCGUCGCCGCAAGCCCCAGGCCGCAACAACACCGACCUCUGGCCAAAGGCUACCACCACCUCGUCAAGCCGACCAGAAAUCCAUGCGAUUGGAGAAGUACUACUCAGCCCGCUCCAGCAUAUCGCCAACAACGUCCAACACGACAACAGGCUCGCACGCGCCGUCCCCCAGAAUGCUCGGCGACACCAUGGCGGACACCGGCGGAAGCAAGGCUGACAAUGACAAGCCUGACAAGAUGGAAGUUGACAAGACCGAGAGACAGGCUUCCAGCCCAUGCGAUCAAUCCAUGACCGACUUGCCAGACGAGCCCAGCAAGCCCAGCAAGCCCAGCAAGCCCAACAAGACCGAGGUGCCUGUCAAGCCCGACGUGUUGGACGCGUCUGGCCAGCCCGACGACCCUGCGCGAGCUUUUGCCCCUCCUACUCGACCUGCCCUCGAGCGCCAGAAUACCCCUCCACAUCGAAUUAAGAUCUGGACCCCAGAUGCGUGGCAACGCGAGCGCUGUUUCUCUUCAAUGUACGAUAAUAUCACGAAGACUUUGAACCAGGUCAGACAACAGCAGGUCUUCCUCAACGACCGGCGCCAGCGCCCCGCAGACCUGAAGUUACAGCUCGACGUCUACAAAGCCUGCGACAGCUGCACCCUGUCCGUCGAGAACCUCAUCGGCCAAUUCAGCAGCCCUUUCUUCCACCACAGAGGCCCCCACAACAUCAUGGCCAUGAUUGCGGUCGUCAAUGCUCAUAUCAACAAGAUCGACGACUUCCGCGGAAAGCAGAUGAGAAUGGCCAACUUCGGCUACAACCUCGAGAGGGCGGUGAAGCAGACCGAGGCCCACAUCCGGCAGCUGGCGGAGCUGGCGAGGCUGAUCAAGGAGGCAUAUGUUGCUGCCAAGGCGGCGAAGGAGGCUGCUGCUGCCAACACGGCGAAGGAGGCGGAGUCUGAGCUCGGCGGAAAGGCAAAUGGGAGUGGUAAUCACUCCUAG